AUAUUUUUCGACCAACAAGUUACGUUUCCUUUCCCUUCGGAGCAGCAGGCAACGCGAUUUUUAAAUAAGAAACGAAGGGAGCCCUGGAGCGACACCCAGCAGAGUUCUAAACAUGGAUUUCGGUGAGCUGUUGCAUUUGGCCAAAAAGAAAACCGACGCAGCCACAAAAGAUGAGGGCAAGUACUACAGCACCAAGUAUGCACCGCCCAAGAAGGAGAGCAAGGCGGGCAAGGAGUUGUCGAGCAACAUCCAGAAGUUCCUGAAGAGGCGCGAGGCCGAGGAACAGGAGCGCAAGCGGGAGGAACGCCAGAAACUCAACGAGCUGCUAGCCAAGCGCGACGAGAAAUCCAAGAACAAGAUACGAAAGAUGCUAAAAGUCACUAAGUCGGCGAACAAGUCGGUUCUCGAGGAUGCCAAAGACGGUGAUACUGCCGGCCAGAACGGUGGCGAACAGGGUGAGGGCGAAGGCGAUGACUACGGCUAUGUGUCGACCGAGUCGAAUGCCUUCUAUCAGAAGUACAUUGAGAAGGUGCGCGAUGUCCAUGAGGAUAAGGGAUUCGCCCCCAGCCGUCCUCAGUCUGUACAAGAUCUCUCCGGCACCAAGGAGCGUGUCAAGGCAGCCAUCACCCGUGAGCGACAGGAGGCCAUGUCCCACACACGGCAGCGAUCGUCAUCCGAUACAAGAUCAUCUGGCGCUUCUACUACGGCUUCCGCCUCAAAAAGCAAGUCCCGGGAGGCUCACGUGGCCCGAGCCUACAGUACGUGUAGGGAUAUGGCCGUCUAUAAUCCGGAGGCGGAGAGACUCGAGGAGGAGCGUAAGAAGCGCGAGGCGGAAAGGAGCCGAGCCAAAGUCAAGCGCCCUCCGCCUAUGGACUUUCAGGCGGUCUUACGUCUGGCGGCGAAAACGCAGCACGAGCCGGUGGUCUACGCCCAGCCCGAGAAGAAGAAGGAGCCGGAGCGUCUUUUGUCUGCUCGCGAGAAGCGCGAGAUGGAAGAGCGUCAACGACAGAGGGAGCAGCGUGCCGAAAGGGAUCGCGUGCGCGAGAGCGAACUAAAGGCCAAGGAUCAGCACAAAAAUGGCGGCAGUCGCAUGGAAGCCAGCGGACGCAUACCCAAGCUCAGCAGUUUCGCAUCCAGUUCUAGUUCAAGCUCCAGUUCCGGCUGCCCUUCAGUCCCACCCAAACACUCCACGCCUUCAUUAAACGAAUCCAAAGCAAAGCCGACCAGUGAUAAUGUCUUCAAGCGUCCGGCCCCACGACCGGCUCCGCCCCCAUCGUCAGCCACCAGCUCCAGCCGGCUCCCUGCAUCUGCCCAUAAUUCUUUCACAAAACCUGACAGAAGUCGUCUUCCCGCCACAGCGACCAAGCCGUUGCCAGUCAAACCAAUGCCCAGUACCAGCUCCGGACCCAGUCCCGCCCGCGGACCCAGCGCCGUGCGUGGCCCCGUCGCCAGUGCAAGGCUCGUUCCAAUAAGGAUUCCUUAUGGAGCAGCCGGCAGAAAUGGACCAGCGCGGGAAUUCCCACCCCGAGAUCGUCCAGCCGGAGCUUCUCCGGCAAAGACGCGCCAAUUCCCCCCAGCGGAUGUGCAGAAAUCGGGCAGCAGGGCUAUGCCGCCUGGUCGUGGCAAACUCCAAGAGAAGUCGCCCACCAAAAGACGCAUGGACGAUGAGGAUGACGAUUACGAUUCCGAGUUGGAUGACUUUAUCGAUGAUGGAGACUGCGAAGAAGACAUAUCCUCGCACAUCCGCGACAUCUUUGGCUAUGACAAGCGGCGAUAUCGCGACCUCGACGAUGACGAUAGCGAGAUGGAGUCGAGCUUUGCUCAGAUGCAGCGUGAGGAGUUCCUCAGUGGGAAAAUGGGUAUGCAAGAGGACUUGGAAGACAUGCGCAUGGAGGCGAUUCACAAGAAGCGAAAAAUUGCCAGACGAAAGGCCACCCGCAUCGAUGACUAAACAAAACCAACGCCCAACAUUCGCUCAAAUCUCAAUAUUAUAGACAUCUAUGUGCCUAUGUGUCUA